AUGCCCAGCACCAAGCCAACAGCAAUCAGGUUCUAUGGGAGUUCUGACGUGACAGUGACUGGCAUAACAAUUCAAAACAGUCCUCAGACUCAUCUCAAGUUCGACGACUGCACAGCUGUUCAGGUUUUUGGCAUGACAGUUUCAUCCCCAAGUGACAGUCCUAACACCGAUGGAAUCCACCUUCAGAACUCCCAAGAUGUGGUAAUCCACAACACUAAUGUUGCUUGCGGAGAUGAUUGUGUCUCCAUACAAACUGGGUGCUCUGGCAUAUUUAUUCACAACAUGAAUUGUGGACCUGGGCAUGGGAUCAGCAUUGGAGGGCUAGGAAGGGGAAACACCAGGGCCUGCGUCUCAAACGUCACCAUCCGAGACACCACAAUGCACAAUACAUUGACUGGUGUAAGAAUAAAGACAUGGCAGGGUGGCUCAGGGUUAGUGCAAGGAGUCAUGUUCUCCAACAUUCAAGUUUCAGAAGUUGAAAUCCCUAUCAUGAUUGAUCAGUUCUACUGUGAUGGGAGCAAAUGCCAGAACAAGACUUCAGCUGUGGCUGUGUCGGGCAUAUCCUAUCAAAAUAUAAGAGGAACCUAUACACUGAAACCUGUUCACUUUGCAUGCAGCGACAGCUUGCCAUGCACAGGUGUAACAUUAAACACCAUAAAUCUAACACCAAUACAGGAAAAGAACCACUUGUAUGAACCCUUUUGCUGGCAGACUUAUGGAGAAUUGCAAAAACCACCACACCUCCAAUAA